AUGCUGUGCGGAGUGGCGAGCAUGAAGGAGAUCGGGUAUAAAGACAGGCUGUGGCAAAACAGCACUGCGGAUAGGGACGGGAUGUACAAAACGUGGGAAGUAAGUAGGACACACGACCGAGAACAACACAACGGAUGGGAUCAAGUGAAGAUCAGGCAUUCUAUCUCCCUUGGAGACGUUCGAUUGGAGGGUUUUCCAACCACAAGGAAAGGCGAAGGGAUUGAAAACCCAGAUCGGUUCUACAACAGCGAGCGAAGAGAAUUGUCGAGGAACAGCACAACGAAUAGGGAAGUGAAAACGGAUACGCAGGCCGUGGUGCGACCCCAAUUUCAAAUUACUAUCGAGAAGCCGAUCCGACGUGUCACUCCCGCUUAUAAUGUAACGUUUCUAUCACAAUUGUCAAAGACCCGCAAUGGAAGACGCGCUUCGGAUGGUUUUCUUGGAUUCUCUGGGAAAACAAGCGCUCCAGUAUUUAGCGCUGUCUCAGAAGAACACAGCACUGAUGACGACAGCGUCAAGGUUAAUUCAAUUACCCCAAACAAUUCCAUCAGCAGGGCUUCCUCGCUGAAUCGUCGCCGAUUUUCCGAUGGUAGCUUUCAUAACGUCGCAGGGUAUACAAGUUUCAAGAAGGUCAGCAUCGUGUUGCCGAGGCCGCGAAAUAGUACGAAUGAAGGUUCUGAUGAGUGUGAUGUUGAUGACAAAGGGUGUGAAAGCGAUGUAAGAGGAAAAGAUACAGAAAGUGUUGAUUGUAGCAGAAACGAAGACGACGAUCAGUGGAAGAAAUUGGUUGCACAAGCGCAAGGUUUCAAAGGACCUAAAGUAAACGGGGUUGGCAAAGUAAGACCAGGAUUACAGGUGGAGGACGUUAAAGGAAACAUUAGUCGCUCCAUGGAGGACGUGUUUAGCGACAUUAGCAGCGAGGCAUCGUUUUCAUCAAACAGUUCUUAUCACUCAUCGUCUGACAGCGAUAGUGCCGUCUACAGCACGUUAACAGCUAAGCCGAUAUCCGGCGAUUUAGCUCCUUUCAAGGACGAUAGCCACACUAGUUUGAAUACCGUAAGGCCAAUCCGACGAUUUUCCUCGGUGCAAUCGUUAGAUUCGUACCCUGCAGGUGGAAACCAUCCCGCGCGUAGAUAUUCGGUUGCCACUUUAAACCCAGCACGCUCCUUUAAUAACUCAAAUGCUACAGCUAAGCUGUCCGGCUACAGCACGCAGAGCGCACUGGAACACGCCCGACAGUUACUCAGCAGGCUGCAACAAGAAGGAAAGUAUAAAAGCAAAAAAGAAAGACUGGACGAAUUGAGUAAAGCACUAAAGUGGAUCCUUGAGGAACUUAAUCGUAUAAAAACACCAGACAGGGACCUGGUCAGUUUAUUUAUCAGUCUGCGGGCGAAAAUAGUGAACUUGAAAAGUGAACUAAAAGCGGAAGAAUUCGAUGCCACCUGUAUUGACCGCAAUGAAGUGGACAGCACCCCACGAGUCCAAACACUUCUGUUAACUGAGGAAAGGUUGACACACGCUCACUCGAGACGAUUUAGCUGGUGUUGAAAAGAAAAUAUUCUUUAUUGUAGGUAAGUAAAUUGUUGAGAAAAUUGUUUUUCUUUGUUGUAUGUAUUGUUCCGACACACUCCUAUGAGUUGUACAUUGCUUUGGUACUUAAAACUUGGCUUACUAUUAUACAUUCAAUGCUCUAACUCAGCCGCGCGCUACGGAUAUCAAAUUGUGUUGACCGGCAAUAAUUGUUUGUAUCGCACCUCGAAACCAUAUCAGUCUCUGUGUACAUUAUACUUCUUUAGUCGUACCACCCAGAAGUGAACCAUAUCAACAACUCCAAGGAGCGUUUUCUUUUUCUCGAACUCUGGCUUGCUAUGAUUAUUAUUGUCCUCUCAAAAAAUUUUUUCGUGGGAAAAAGCACUCUAGCGCAACAUUCGAUGUAAAACGAUUGAUCAGUUUUUUUCAAAACCAAAACAACUCAUUGUUUUCUUUUCUAACAAAGAAAGCCUUUUGUGUUGUAAAUUUACUUGGAACUCCCUAAAAGGCUCAGGAUUGGACGUAAACACUUUAGAUUUAGGAAAACAAGUAUGGAAAUUAUAAACGAAAAAUGUUUUGAAAGAAAACAGUACCCCUGUGGAAGAUAACGAGGCAAAUAGGUACUUCAAGAUGUUCGUUGACUUCCGCUGAACAAUUAAUUUGGCCAUCAUUUCAUGGCAAACAAACUAUGAAUAGAAGAGGAAACCUUUUCCAAAGCUUUUUAAUACUUAAGACAGUAGUGAACUUCAAGGCAGAAGACCUAUAGGAAAUGUUGAUAGAUUAGUGUCGAUUUUUGAAUUGACUUUGCGUGUUUCUGAAGGAGGAGUCAUUCUUGAAAAGCAAUAUUACGCCUUGCAGGUCACGAGGUGAAACUGCAGUAAUCCUUGAUCAAAAGAAACGCAAUGCAAACAUUUAACCACAACGUCAAAUCAAUUAGACAUUUUCAAGUUUGUUUUGGUGCGAGCCCAUUAAAGCAUUUCAUUUGGUAAUCAAAUGUUUGGUGUAUCCUGUGCCUUGGGGCAUUACUGUCAGUAGAGAAACUUGAAAAAUGGGGCGUGGAUUGAAUAUUUUCACCGUGUUCGAUGAUCAACUUUGAAUGAAACGUUCCCGCAUUUUCAGUUUGAGAUACGCAAAAAUUCUUUCAAUUUCAAAAAUGUUCUAAGUAAAUAAAAUAUAUCUUAAUCAAAAUCUUUACUUGUUCUUGAUGCAUCGCAACGAAAACGUGAGUGAAUGAACCGAUAAAGGUGUCAACCCGAUUUAGAAAUGGAUCGCAUAGUUUUGGUUAAACAGAAGAUUUAACUAAAGUGUUAUCUUAUACGGGGGAUUUUGAAGGAAGUCGUAACGUCAAUCGGAAGUUCAUAUCAACUUCUCUUAGUUCACGGUUCUGGGAAGUCCCUUUCUCGGAUUAGUCAAAACAUCACGUAUCUAGGGGCUAUUGCUUUGGAAAAUCUAAUUUACUUAAAGUGGUUGCCAUAGUUACUCCUAUCACGGAUGUGAACUUUGAUAGUUACACGAAUUUUUACAUUUUUUUGUGUGGUAUUUUUUAAGCUUUGUGUUAUUUCGUUUUUCUUCAUUUCAUUUUUAUGUUAUUUUUCUUCAUUCCAUGUCAGCUGCUCGUUUCACAAGGUCACCUUUGAAUGAUAUCGUAACUUAGUUUUCUUUCUUUACACAGAGCAAUAAACUUUAUAAAGACUUAUAAAUUUUUCAUAAGAAUUGUGCUGACUGUAACUCAGAUCUCUUUCACUCUAAGUCGAACUUUCAUUAGUAAGGUUUAAGUUGGUUAAAAACCAAUGAGUUUGUAGUUUCCUCAUGGUUCUACGAAAGGACGCGUUUCAUCUACAAAAAGUCUAGAGCUCGGCCGCUUAAAUCAGCGCUCAAUGUACUUUUCGCCUUGCGCUUUGCAAUCAUUUUGAUGAAAACCCGACUGUUUUUCAAAAUGAAUUCAAUUGAUUUCAUAAACUCAGUUGAUGAAUCAACUCAAUGGAUGAAUGGAUUUGAGGUUACAUUCUAACGUCCUUACGUUCCAGCUCAUUCCAUCUGAAGUCUUUAUUUCCCGGUCUAUUUGGAUCAUUAUCGUGUGAUUUCACUUUGAAUUCCUAUUUGUCUACAAUAUCUGCUCCACUGUUUAUUUAUGAAACACUUCACCAAUUUUUAGCGUUAUCAUCAAAAGGCACCUCUGUUCCUGUCAGCAGUGCAUGAGGCUGGCUGAUCAGAAAAGAUAAUCCAUUGAUCACAAGUGGUCCCAAAAUAGACAUCAAGGCAGCUUAACCGCCUAUGUAGUAUAUCUAAUAGGAUGUUAUUCACAAUAUAUUUUCUGUGCCUCAAAGUAGUCACGUUUUGCACGAUACGAAACCAACAUAGGUCGAGUGUUUCAUUGCACAGGGCUCUUCGAAAACCUUUGCUGACCAUGUACUAUACCAGCAGUGUCGACCACCUGUGCAAACUAAGCUACAAAUGUUUUUUCUUUACUGUUGAUCGAUCAAACAAAAUGGAAUCUCAGAGUAUUACAUACAGACAUUUCUGAUAGUGCACGUUUGCGCCGCUGCGGACAAAUGUCAGACUGAAGGCGCCCUUUAAUCGUUAUUCCACGGCAAUAUAAAGCUCGCAUCAUAAUAGAUUGUUAAUUAAGAAAGAUUCCUAGACAUUAAAAACAAUGACGAACUCUGAAUUUCUUUUAAUGAAGGCAAUUUUGGUCCCUCCCCCAAAAAUGGUUUUUAAUCCAGGGGAAGAUAAAUCCGAUAAAUGGAUCGUGAGUGCUUCUGUUUUCAUGCUAAUUUCCAUGCAAAAAUCCGGAGGUAGGUACACUGGAUUUCCCUUAAGCCUGCUGGCUUUAUUUGGCUCAUGCUCGUACAGCUAGGAUCAAAAAAAUGAAAUGUAGAUAUUGAGUGGCUUUCAUCUCACAUUUCAGGUACUUUCUCAAAAAAGCGUACUUUCAAUUCCUCCCUUGCUAUUUUUGCAAACUGAUCACGUGAAAGAAUUGAAGGAAGAGUGAUCUAUGAUUUAGUUUUAAUAUGAGACGCAAGAUGGAUUUUUUUGACAUGUCACUACAAUGGGGCAAUUUUUUGUUCAUUUUUAUGAUCACACUUGGAAGUUUUUCAUGCUCUUUUUCACGAGCUGUUGCGACAGACUCGAAUCUUUCAAUACCCAUACCCGUUCUCGAGUCACGUUGUAGUUUAAAAACGUGACAUAAAUACUUUCCUACGGUAUUUUUACACUUUGCUACGUCUUUAAGUGCACAUCAAGGAAAUGAAGAGAGCGCGGCAGAUAAUUUGUUAAAUCCGUGGUUUAGUUUAAGUGAAUAGAAAAACACAGGAUGUAAAAGGAGAAACUUAAAUCGUAAAAUAACUCAGCAAGUUAUUUCCUCAUUAGAAGUAAUCGUUAAUUUCCAUAGCAAACAGUUCCCUGAAAGCUUAAGCGACUGCUUUCUCGUACGUCGCAAACUUCAAACAAUCAGUUAUAACUAUGUGAUCAUAGGUGGCCAUAAUAGACAUUUUAUACACAAAAUGUUUUUGUUGGUCGCGGCAGAGUAGUUCCUAAAAAAAAUACAUCUAGUUGCAUUAUUUUGUGACGGGUAUGUAGUGUCUCUCAGCGGUGAGCGGUAACUGAUCCCAUCGGAUUGAUAGGACACCAAGAAAACAGUAUGCGAAACUGCCUCAGGGAAAUCAAAAUACGUGACAUAAUUUUUUAAACCCCAAGACAUUUGUUUUCAAAGUGAACCGUAAUUGAGAUUGUAAAGCUUCUUAAAGCGUAUACGUGAGGUAAACAACGGAAGUGAAGUGCAAGCUCACUGAACCAGAAUUAUAUUGCAGACACGUAGGAAGUUGAAAUUUUGGGUUCGUUGUUGACGAUAUUUUUUUAUUUUUCUUUCUGUUACUCUCUUUGCUGCGAGUGUGGCUGCAUUAGAGCCGUUGCCAAAAAGUGUCACGCACAGGGAUCACUGAAUCAGUAAAGCUAUGCAAAGUUAAUUGCACUUUUUCAGGGUGACCUCGAAAGCAUUGUCCGUGAAAUUGUAGCAGCUGGUAUAUUUGACAACAAAGGCAAUAAAAAUAGAUCCAUGACAGAUCUGUGCUUGUAAAGUAGAACUUGAUUACGUAGACAAUAUGAAAAGUGAUUUUAACGAAGUACAAACAUCGUUUUCCCAGUUUUACACUCCGUAAAAGAGUGUACUAUCGAUAGAGUUUUAGUGAAUGCGCUCGGUGUCCCGGAGAUUCUUUGUAGCCGCAAAUUAACUCCCUUGUAUUCUUGAGUGAAUUUGGAAAUAUCAAGUCCUCAUCCUUUUCUGUUUUUUUUUAUUCUCUCCCUAGCUUUUUAGACAUCCACGACAGAAAGAUGCGGUCGACCAGACUUUAUCUCGUGGGAGAUUUAUUUGA